AUCAUCAUCAGGAAACUCUGCUGCUGAUUGGUUGCUUCAGGUUUUGCCGAACCGGUUCUGUUGGAUCAGAUCAGAGCUUCAUAGUUUCUGAACCAGCUGCAGGUCCAGACCGGUUCUGUUAUUAUUUUUGCUAUUUUCUUUGUAGUUGUGAGUCUGAAUCUGUUCACCAGCUGGAGGCUUUUAUUGUGAAAAUAUGAACCGCUUCAUUCCCUCCGUGCGCAUGCGCAUUCACAGCUCUAAGCUCAGUUCGCUGGGAACCGCAGGCUGGAUAUUUCACACCCGGAAUGGACCCGCCGAACCGGAACCGCCCCAAGAGAACCAGAUGGGUCUCCCCCUCUGUUCCCGCCGACCCAAAGAAACCUGAGAACCAGGAUGGGAAACACCACUGCUGUCCCCACUGUGGGAAGGUCUUCAGCAGAGCCUGUGGCCUGUGGAGACACCAGAAGAUCCACAGAGGAGAGAAGCCGUACGGCUGUGGCGAGUGUGGGAAGACGUUCGGCCAGGCGGCCCACCUGAAGCGACACCAGAACAUCCACAGCGCGGAGCAGAGCUUCCUCUGCCCGCAAUGUGGGAACACCUUCACCCAGAAGGAAACCCUGAAGCUGCACCUGGAGCGCGUCCACAGCCGCCUGCAGCCCUACAGCUGUCAGGACUGCGGGAAACGUUUCUCCAAGCGCAGCAAACCUCAAGGUCCACCAGCUGCUGCACAGCGGAGAAAAGCCGCACGCGUGUGAGGCCUGUGGGAAAACGUUCAGGGACCGCAGCCACCUGAGGAACCACCGGGUCACCCACAGCGGGGAGAAACCCUUCUGGUGCGAGGAGUGUGGGAAGAUGUUCACCCGGCCCGGUUCCCUGAGGACACCAGAGGAGCCACACCAGGGAGAGACCGUACUGCUGCGACUUCCUGGUCAAUGUGAAGCAUGAAUGUUCUGCAGAUGAAAUGUUCUGUUCAGACCCAAAGAUGACAUCAUCCUGAAC